UCCGCACUAGCUCACCUCACCUCUCACGUCACCCGACAUCCGUCCAUUCGUCCGUACGACCCGCUCGACCGUACACACGCAUCGCAGCACUCACUGCCACAAAACCGCCGCACGACGUUCCGCGGGCACGACCAGUUUCCACGAUGGGGAUCCGCGCGGGUGCUGUUCCCCGUGGAAAUGACCGCGACGGCGCGAGCGGCGGACACCGCGCCACUACCUCCCUCGCUCACGGCCCGUUGUCUUAUGAUUCCAGGUACUUCGAAAAGCACCAGGCCCAUCCCUAUCAGAACGCAAAGUACAGCAGUUCUAAGGGUGGCUAUUCCUCUUCAACCACGUCAUCGGACAGUCGCUACGAAGGACGUAUGCGCGACUCUCCAAAUGGUAACUCUUACAGUCCAGCCGGCAGCUUGGGAAUGGGCAUGGGGACGGACCGGGACAGCCCUCGGAAUUAUACAUCCAAGCCUCUUUACAAGAAGGAGAGAGAAAAUAGAGACUAUAAACUAUCCUCCUCUAGGGACAAGUAUUCCGAUUGUGCACGAUCCUUAAAAGACAAGAGAAGCCGUGAGAGCAGGGAUUCAGAACACAGGACCAACCACGAUAGGAGUAGUGGGGAGAUCUUACAUCCCUUAAAAUUAUCAUCAAAUUCAUCAAGGGAAUCUUCAUCCCAGAGAAAACCAUCACACAAUUCCUGUCAGGAUAAACGUGGUGAUGAGCGAGGAGGUGCGACGGAACGAACAGCCAGAUUUGGCGAUUGGUCAGAGCACAUGAGUUCGUCAGGAAAGAAGUAUUAUUACAACUGCAAGACGGAAGUUUCUCAAUGGGAAAAACCACGGGAAUGGAUCAGUCGAACUGAUAAUCGUCAACGUCAAUCUAGUGACUACUCUUCUAGGUCAAGUCAUGAUAAACAUUCCAACUCGCGAUCAAAUAGCAGUAGCAGUAUGCGAGAUGGUAAAUCGUCGCGACAGUCUGACAAACGAGAAUACUGGAGCUUAUGUAGCGCAAGCGGUGGUGGCAGUAGCAGAGAUGAUGUUUCUGCAAGGGAGAGAGAGCGAGAAAAGGAACGGGAAAGAGAACGAGAACGAGAGCGAGAACGUGAACGAGAAAGAGAAAGAGAAUCUAGAGAAUGCAGAGAAGAAGUUAGUGUAGAACGCCAAACUCAAGAUAUGGAUAUCUCGCCAGGUGAUUCUACACCCACUUCGGAACCUUUGACGUCAUCCUGUGCUCAUGAUCCACUGCCACAAGGCCCUGUUCUCCUGGCCGCUGCGUUACCUCGGUUAACAUCACAUCCAUCGUCAACGACACCACAGGCAACUGGAAAACUUAGUUCGCCAACGCAACAACAAGGAAGUAGUAACGCUCCGGGACCACCGGUAUCACUAGCAAAUCUUCCAAGACUACUGUCACAAAUUACGGGCAACAAAGAACAACCUGACAUCACACCGCAGAAGGCAUUACAGACAAUUCAAACAGCUAUCUUGCUAUCCCGACAACAGUCUGUCAGUGGGGACCGAACUAAUACUGGAAGUGAUGUGAUGGUUCCAUUAAAAGUUGAUACAAGUGGCAAUAUUACCAGCGAAGGUCCACCUACUCCCACACAUUCAGAAACCCAGGAUUGUAUUGAUGCGCGAAAAUUGACAAGCCCUGGGGGAACGAAUUCCGGAGUACAAGGUCUAAGCUCCUUGCAAAGUCUCAGUACGUUAGGCUCCCUUGGAAAUUUGAGUAAUACAGGAGGUUUACAAGCAUUGUCGAGAGUGCAACCUCCCUUAACACCUUCUUUAACACCAUCUCUUGCUAAUCAUUACCGGGAAGACUUGACACAGCACGUGCGUGCUUUUCCCGCCGAUAUUCUCGAAAAACAGGCACAGAAACUUAGUGAGGAAGCACAUACAAUGGGCAGUUUGCAGUGUACGAGAGUGUCCGCAGAAUUGAAGACGGCACGAUCGAUAGUGAGGCUGACAGAAAUUCAGGCAACGUUACAGGAACAAAGGAUAUUAUUCCUCCGUCAACAAAUUCAAACGCUAGAGGAGUUAAAAUCCCAAAAUUCCUUCAUGUCUGACGAUUCUUAGUGUAAGAAUCUUUAUAAAAUAAUUAUGAUUACAAUCUAUAAUUAAUUCAAGCAAAAUAAAACAUGAUUAUUAAUAUUCUCAUUAAUAUUGAAUAAUUAAGAUUGUACCUAAAUUAUAAUAUCGUAAUAGAAGUGAUAUAAUAGCGAAUGAACAUGGGCUGCUCAGAGAGGAUUGGCUGUUUCAUUUAUCAGCCAACGAGUCUUAAUAAGUAAUUAAUGAAUUUAUUAGUGAAUCCACCUCUCUGAGAAGCACAUCAGGCCUAUCCAAGUCGCAAAUACAACACUAAAUGAUUAGAAAAACGAAUCAAUUUUAUCAGUUCAAUGCAAACUACUGAAUUGUAUAUCUGAAUUGUCCACAUCGUCUUGUAUUUACCUAUGUUAUACGUGUCAAUGUUUCAUAUCCCAAGAUUAAACGGCAUUUUAACUAGUUGAAACAUUUUUGUUGUAAAUCUCGGAAUAAAAUUCGUGCCACAAGUUUUAAUACAAUUCUUUAUCAGCCAUAGUCUCACUUACCUAAUCUCCUGAAUUUUUCGUUGAGAGAGGGAGAAAAUCGCUUUUAGACAACUUAUAUUUACAUAUUAAAUAUGAAAGACAAAGGAAAUUAUAUAUUUUAUAUUCAAAUUUGUGUUCGAUCUCCAAUCAUUUUAUUACAGGGUUUCUUGACAUUGUAGAAUGUAUUAUCGCUGUGAGCAAGUAUUGAUAUAUUAUUAUACAUGCUCUCCUAUUUACAUCGUAUAAUUAAAAAGUAUAGCAUUGACGCGCGCGAAAUUUUAGAAUAACAAAUGGCUACCAUUUAAUUUCUAGUGUGUAAAUAGCAGAAUCAGAGUGAGUAUUAUUUACGAACGAUAUAAUUUUAUGCAUGGUAAAUUUUUUGAGUUAAUAAGAACAU